CAUUUUUUUAAUUGAUUACAUCCCGUGGAAUCGAUUCUACUUUUUUCUCUCUUAAAUUGCCGCACAGCUCUGACUCCACCACCGUUGUUCCCUUCAUAGUCGUCUUGCCGUUCUCCUUAGCCGUCAUCGUGUCUUUCUUUCGCCGGCUUACAGUUAUCCUUCAUAUAGGCAUCGCUGUUCAUUCACCAUUGCCGUUCUCGAUCACCGACGCCGUCGGUUUUGUUCACCAAUUUGAAGCCCUAAGUAGUUGCCUAUCCCUCUCCCCUUUCUCUAUACGUUGCCAUUUAGUGUGAGUGAGGAAUUGGGGGAGGGUAUCAAUUCUAAACUAUGGCGGCUGAAGCUUCAGGAACCAAGUCCUUAAAAGAAUAUUUGAAACGCUAUGAAACUAACAAUGAAGAAGAGAAGAAAAAGAAAAGGAGGAAGAAGAAAGUUAAACCUGAUGGGCCGGGUGUUUUGGUUGUGGAUGAAGAUCCUGUUUGGCAGAGGCCAGUAAAACUUGAGGAAGAAGAAGACAAUGAUUCUCCAGAUGAAAAACCUCAAGUUGAAGAAGACAUAGAAGUUAAGCGGAUGAAGAGGCUGGAGCAACUUAGAUCCAGACGCCCUUAUAAUACAAUUGCUGAGGAUGGAAGUGGAUGGAUUUCACUCUCUCCUAAACAUGCCAUUGCCACUGAUCAAAAUUCUGAUAUGUCUCCACCCCGUAGACAGAGGUAUGACACACCGUCACCUGAGCCUUUAGAGAGGACUGUGGAUGCUGGUAGGAUAGAAGCAGAUUUCUCAUCUCCACGGCAGCGGCGGACGCACCACCAUACUCCAUCACCUGAAUCUGAUACAAGGUCUGCACACUUGACUGAUCUGAAUUCUGAUUUGUCACCUCCUCGUAAGCAAAGGGCUCGAAAUGAUACUCCUUCACCAGACCCAUCCUUGAAGCCGUCCUCGAGAGAAGUUGUUGACUUGUCACCUCGGCAGCGACGAAAACGUCAUUAUUCCCCAUCUCCUGGAUCUGAUACAAAACACAAAUAUUCUGGCAGUCCACAUGCUGAUUUGUCACCACGCCGUAGGCCAGGGGCAAGGAACAACACAUCUUCACCACUAACUGAAUUUACUGAAAGAAAAGAUGCUGAUUUGUCUCCUCCACGACAACAGCGUAGACGUCAUUAUGCUUCAUCUCCUGAACCUGUCCAAAAUUUUGAUAUGUCCCCUCCUCGCCGAUCUCAUGCUCAGACUUCUGAAAGGAGGAAAUCUGAAGUACCUGAGUCAGGUAUAUCUCAUCCAAGGCGAGCUGAUCAUAGGUCUUCUCAUGGUGGUGCACGUACUUCCCUAGGGUCAGAUCUUUCACCCCCACGGAAAAACAGAAUGAAUGUUGAGCAAUCAGGAUCACCAGAUUUUUCUCCUCAGCAUUUGCCUAGGCAUUCAAGUACAACUGUGAAUGGUAGCUCACAUGCAUCUUUGAAUCAAGACAUUUCGCUAACAAGGAAAAACCAGGAGCCAUCUGAUCCUGUUUCCUCAAAGGGGCGACCAAAAACUGGUUUGAUUACUGGCCACGAUAUCAUGCAGGAGAUAUCUAAAACUAAGAGGGAUGAUUUAUUGAGGUUUGAACAGAUGGAUCCUUCUUUGAGUGGUCGGGGUGCUGAACCUAUAUUUCGUGAUAAGAAAGGACAGCGAAUAUCGAAGGAGGAGUAUUUGAAAUCAAAACAAAAAGUUGAGGAAAAGCCUAAGGAGAAGAAGUUAGAGUGGGGUAAGGGCUUGGCUCAAAAGCGAGAUGCUGAGGCGAGGCUGCAAGAAUUAGAACAAGAGAAGGACAAACCAUUUGCACGAACCAGAGAUGAUCCUGAUCUUGACAAAAUGCUGAAGGAGAGAGUAAGAUUUGGUGAUCCUAUGGCGCAUUUGGUAAAGAAAAAGCAUUCUGGACCUGUUCUUGCAGAUCUUGGAGAUAGUGAGAAGAUGAAGGAAUCGGGGUUUAUAAUUCCUCAGGAGAUUCCCAAUCACAGCUGGAUAAAAAGAGGAUUAGAUGCUGCACCCAAUCGAUAUGGGAUAAAGCCAGGAAGACACUGGGAUGGGGUUGAUCGAAGUAAUGGAUUUGAGAAAAAAAUGUUCCGAAGGCUAAAUGAAAAACGAGCUACAGAAAGGGAAGCUUAUCUUUGGUCCGUCUCUGAUAUGUGACUGGAGUUGUGGAUUGAAAAGGAUACUCGUCUUUGUGGAAGGUAAAGAAGAUGUUACUUUUGCCAGCUGGCAAAUUGUUCUUCCAGACCAUAUUAGCCUGGGGAUAGUGCUUGACUGAGGUUCAUUGGUUAGUGGCUUUUAUUUGGUGGGUAAAAUUGGAUCCAUGAAAAAUCAAUCGCAAGCUUAAACUGCAGAAGACAUGCAAUAACUAUCAAGGUAACUGCAGUUUCAUUAAUGAGUUUAUCUGCAUUUGCAUCAACUGUGAAUAGAUGAGCUAUCUGUUCUCUGACUGAUGGCCACACUUGUUGCAGAUUAUUGUUCUGUUUAUUUCUCCCCCCAUCCCCUCCUCCCUCUCCUCUUCAGUGAACAUGAUGCUCAUAUGGAGUGAAUUUGUCGCAUAUAUUGUAAGAUGAUAGUUUUUUUCUCACUUCUGAUUGCUAUAUUCUAAAUGGGAACCAGAUUCAAGUUA